AAACAAAACUGUGUGGAACGUGGAAACUCUGCGGAAAAUCCUUUUAAUUCUUGAAUCGUUGGUUCACGGCUAAUCGGAUAUGGUUUGUGCGUAACGUUGGCCCCUUCAUUUCUAUCUGUCGACUGUAAAACUUUGGCCACGUAGCCAGGACACCGGCUGGAGGAUGCCGAAAAAGAUGGGAAUCAACCCGAAGGCGGCCGAGGCCCGGGAACGGAAGGCGGACGCUAAGAAGGCCGCUAACGAGAAGGCGGCCAAGGCUGCUGAAGACGCACUCUGGGUAGACGAUGACAAACAACUAGCGAAGAAAAAGAAACAAAAGGAAGAGGAAGAGCGCCGUAAAGCGGAAGCCGUACGCAAGAAGGCAGAGACGAAGGCACUGCUCGAGCAGGAGAUGAACUCGAUCAAGACGACGGCCAAGGUGUCGGUACAGAAGAUUACUCGGUCGCAGAUCGAAGCCGAGGUCGAAAAACGUAACCGUGCGAUCGAAACGUUAAGCAGUAACCCGCCCAAAGCCACCGUGGAACCGAAGGUGGCACCGUUGGAGGAAAAUCUGAACCGCGUGAUGGCUGACACGGAAGUAGCGCAAACCAUCGAUCAGGCCAUCGCGGUAUUGAGUGUUGGUGGAGACGCUGGUGCCGAUCGCCAUCCGGAAAAGCGCAUGAAGGCCGCGUACAAGGCGUACGAGGAGGAGCAACUGGUACGACUGAAGCAGGAGUAUCCCUCGUUGAAGCUAUCGCAGCUAAAGCAGAUGAUCUUCAAGAGCUGGCAGAAGGCGCCAGAGAAUCCGAUGAACCAAAUCUGAACACCCGGUGGCCCGGGGACCCCCGGUACAGGUGUGAUUGUGUGAUGAACUAUUAUACUUCGCGGUGCAACACUGCCCUGAGCUGUACUGAGCUGGGCGGGAUUCCGUCAGUGCAAUCAACGUCGAGUCACAAAUUUCAUUCUCCGAGCUCAAGAAAUCCAUUGUUUCAGCGUGAAAUGGUGAGCAGACGCUGCUCUUAUCAAGGAGAGGGCACCGUUUGCGCUCGAAAUGAUCUAAAUAAAUCGUGAACUGCAUGUCCAA